AUGCCGAAAACCCUUCCACUUCUACAUGGCGAGAUGACCGUGGAGUCGGCCUUGGACGACGAUGAUAACAUGCUCCAAGCGCUAGCGUACCCCCAAAAACGAUUCGAUUUCUUUGUCUACCUCUGGAAGCAUCGCAGCGAAAUCGAAGAUAUUGUGUCGGACCAUCUUGGUCUGAAUGGAAGAGGUCUGUGUCAAAUAGGAGAGGUCAAAGAUUGGAUGGCUGGGAGCUUCAAUGUUUGCAUCCCAGUCCAUGUCCACGGGGCCAAAGUUCGCAGCAAGCGGGUGAUCAUCAGGUUUCCACUGCCAUACAAGGUGGGAGAAUUACAACACCCAGGUAAUGCGGAAGAGAAGAUCCGUUCUGAAGCUGCUACCUUUAUCUGGAUCCAAGAAAAUUGUCCUGGUGUUCCAAUCCCUCACUUGUGGGGGUUUGGGCUUCCCGACGGCCAGAGCUAUACGACUCCUGAUGCUCCUCCCUUUCACACGCGGUUAAUGUGGUACCUUCGCCGGACUGCUCUAUCCCUAUUAGGAUAUCCGGUCCCUUGUCGAUAUAUCAGACGUCAACGUGUACGAGCCCUGAAGACGGGGUAUCUAGUCAUCGACUACAUCGAAGCCACGCGUGGAAAGAUGCUUUCUGAAUCUUGGGACGAGCUACGCCACGACAGAGAACGAAGGUCUAAUCUAUUCAGCGGCUUAUCUCGAAUCAUUCUUUCUUUGGCGCAGUCACCUCUACCACGCAUAGGUUCUCUAACGAUAGACGAAUAUGGCGUUCUAUGUCUGUCUAAUCGCCCUCUAACACUUCGUCUACAACAUCUAGAGAACGAGGGAAUUCCAACCAACAUCGACAGAAGCCUGACGUAUUCUACUACAGAUAGCUACCUACUUGAUCUUUUGCUGUGCCAUGACAGUCGAAUACGAAACCAGCCUAAUUCUAUACUUGAAAAAUUUGAUGGGCAAGCACAGCUGUCGGCGUUGACUGCAAUGCGAGCCCUCAUCCCUCACUUCGCAAACCGCGAUCUUCGACAUGGGCCUUUUGUACUUACACUCACAGACCUUCACCAGAGCAACAUAUUUGUUGACGACGACUGGAACGUUAAAUGUUUGAUUGACCUCGAGUGGGCGUGCUCAAGGCCACUUGAGAUGCUACACCCACCAUCUUGGUUGACUGGUCGAGGGGUGGACCAACUAACCAAGGGAGAGCACCUCGACGCCUACAGCAGUGUACAUGGGGAGUUUGUUGAUGCUUUUGAAAACGAAGAAAAAUCGUACGCUCACGUGAAUGGCGAUGCCUCAUUUCGCACACGCAUCAUGAGACGAGGCUGGACAACUGGAAACUUCUGGUUCUUUCAUGCCUUGGACAACCCCAAAGGAUUGUAUAACAUAUUUCUCCAGCAUAUUCAGCCGAGGUUCAUGGAGGUCGAUGAUAAGAGCAUGCUGGAGUUUGAAAGAACCUUGGCUCCAUAUUGGAGUGUUGAUUGGCGUGAAAUCAUAGCAGCUAAGAUCAAGGACAAGGAGGUGUACGACGAUCAGCUCCGCAGGGUAUUUGAAACUCCUGCGGUAAAGGAGUGUAGAUGA